AUGAAAGCCGUGAUUUCUCAAAACAAAGAACCCGUACUGGUCACUGACCGACCUGCACCCAACUUGCGCGACGACUACCUGCUAGUCAAAACGGUCGCCGUGGCCCUCAACCCAACAGACUGGAAACAUGCGACAUUCGGCCUGGCCAAGGACGGGUGUCUGCUAGGGUGUGACUUUUCCGGCAUUGUCGAAGAGGUCGGUCCGGCCGUGACCAAAUCGUGGAAGAAAGGCGACCGCAUCGGUGGCGUCGCGCAUGGCGGCAACGCCGUCGAGCCCCAGGACGGCGCAUUCGCAGAGUACAUCGUGGCCAAAGGUGAUAUACAGAUCAAGAUACCCGAUCACUUAUCCUUUGAGCAGGCCGCCACCGUCAGUCUCGGCGCCACCACGGUCGGCCAGGGCUUGUAUCAGAAAGCCCUGAAGCUCAAUCUGCCCACGGACCCGAUCAAGUCCAAGACAUUUGUCCUGAUUUAUGGCGGAAGCUCGGCCACCGGGGCCCUGGGGAUUCAGUAUGCUAAGUUAUCCGGCUACACCGUUCUAACGACCUGUUCCCCCCACAACUUCGACUACGUCAAAUCCCUCGGCGCCGCCGAAGUCUUCGACUACAAGGACAGCGAAGCUCCGGCCAAGAUCCGCAAGUACACAGACAAUCAGCUGACGUUGGCAUGGGACACGAUCAGCACGGAACAAAGCGCCCAAUUCUGCGCCGACGCGCUGGCCGACAACAGCUCUGCUGGUGUGAUUCGCUACGGCUCCAUUUUACCCGUCAAGUUCCCGCGAGAAGGCGUCGAAUCCACCUCGACACUCAUGUAUACUGUCUUUGGGGAACCCUUCGAUUUUGGACCCAACAAGUUCCCCGCCACACCCGAGGACUUUGAAUUCGCGAAAAAGUUCAUGGCCAUCACCGAGGCCCUGUUGGCGGAAGGGAAACUCAAGCCGCACAAGGAGGUCGUGGGACCCAAUGGUCUCAAGGGCGUCAUCGACGGUCUGGCGGAUAUGAAGGAGGGGAAAGUGAGUGCUAGCAAACUGGUCUAUAGGGUGGAGGAGACACCGUGA